AUGCCUGCCGAUAUUCGCAGCUUCUUUGGUGGCGGCCCCCCCAAGCCGAGCCAGGGCUCACAAAAGGAUGAGCCGGCCCCAAAGAAGGCUGCACCCAAGAAAACAGGCCGCACAAGCAGGGUUGUAGAGGAUUCGGAUGACGAUGAGGAAGAGCCAAAGCCCAAGAAGGCAACACCCAAGAAGCCAGCCACGAAGAAAGUCAAGCGCGAACCAACGCCAGAGCCUGACCUCGAGGAAACCACUACAUCUGCAUUUUUCGGUAGCUCGAAUAAGCCUAGACGAACCGAACCUGUGAAAAAGAAGGCCGCCGAGGCACCCAAAGCAACUCCCAAGAAGGCUGCCGCGAAGGCGUCCAAGACGGCUACGCCAGCAUCCAUUGGCAAGACGUCUGGCCGCGCAAAGAAGCCUGUCACAUCAUAUGCUGAGAGGGAUGACGAGGACGAGUUCCCCGAUGACGACCUGGACGAUGCGGCCGACAUUUUCGAGGACAAUAUCAAAGGAAAGAGCAAGGACGACUACAAGGAGGCUUCCGAGAGCGAGGAGGAACUGCCCGUAAAGCUGCCCCACCGCGGAACGCCAAAGGCUCCUGCCAAGCAACAGAAAACCGUCAAAGAAGACGACGACUUUGAUCCUGAAGAUAAGGACGUGGAUAUGAAGGACCUGGACGCUGACGACGAUUUUGUCGUGCCCGAUGACGAGGAAGAGGCGCUUCAGAGCAAACUAAAGAAGACGUCAACCGCGACCAAGAAACGCAAAUCCCCGGACCGAGACCAGGACGAGGAGGAAGAGGAGGAAGAUAAACCCAAAAAGGCGCGUGCGAAGAAGGCUACUCCGGCGAAAUCACCGGCAAAGAAGAAAGCGAAAAAGGAAGAGGUCGAGGACAGUGCUGAUAUCCAGGCCAUCUACGACAGCAUACCGACUGUGCGCGCUCCGACGCCCCCACCCAAAGACCCCAAUGCAAAGUUCAAUUGGCAGGCGAAUGCGAACCGUGGUGAUGCUGCACCUUUGCAAGGCUCAUCCAGCGACAUGCCAAAAGGCUCAGACACUUGCCUUGCUGGGCUGAGUUUCGUUUUUACAGGCGUGCUGCAGAAGUGGGGCCGGACUGAGAGUCAGGAGCUGGUCAAGCGUCACGGCGGCAAAGUGACGACCGCUCCCAGUAAAAAGACCAACUAUGUUGUGCUGGGUACAGAUGCCGGACCCGUCAAACUGAAAAAGAUUCGCGAUAUGAACAUCAAGACGAUUGAUGAAGAUGGCCUGACGCAGCUCAUUGAAAAGUUGACGGCAGCUGGUAACAAGGGUGACAGCAAAGCUCAAGCCGAGUAUGCAGAAAAGCAGCGCAAAGAGCAGGAGAAGAUUGAGAAGCAGGCUGCGGAACUCGAGGAGGAAGAGAAGAAACGCCAACAGGAAUUGAAAGCUGCCGCUGCAGCGGCUAGAAACAAAUCAGCCUCUGCGGCCGCUUCCUCUUCUCAAAGCGCAGGCCCGGAGGUGGACUCUCGCCUGUGGACUACAAAGUAUGCGCCUUCAUCACUCGGCCAGAUUUGCGGAAAUAAGGCGUCGGUCGAGAAGUUGCAACGAUGGCUGCAGGCUUUCCCCAAGUGUGUCAAGACUGGCUUCAAGCUUGCUGGCAAAGACGGCAGCGGAGUCUUCCGUGCUGUCAUGAUUCACGGACCACCUGGCAUUGGCAAGACUACUGCAGCCCAUCUCGUUGCGAAGCUUGAAGGUUACGACAUCGUCGAGAGGAACGCCAGUGAUACCCGAAGCAAGAAGCUCAUUGAAGAGGGCUUGCGUGGGGUGCUCAGUACCAACUCGCUCAACGGUUACUUUGCUGGAGAUGGAAAGAAGGUCGAAGACUCCAAGAAGAAGCUUGUCCUGAUCAUGGAUGAGGUCGAUGGCAUGUCAGCAGGUGACCGUGGUGGUGUUGGUGCACUGGCAGCUGUGUGCAAGAAGACUGAAGUGCCUAUGAUUCUCAUUUGCAACGACAGGAGACAGCCCAAGAUGAAGCCGUUCGAUUACGUGACAUACGACCUUCCCUUCCGACGCCCUACCGUGGAGCAGAUACGAUCACGCAUCAUGACUAUUGCAUUCCGCGAAGGCCUCAAGAUGCCCACACCGGUUGUCAAUGCUCUGAUAGAAGGUAGCCAUUCGGAUAUCCGUCAAGUCGUCAACAUGUUAUCCACUGCGAAAACGGAUCAAACAGCCAUGGACUUUGACAAGGGCAAGGAAAUGUCGAAGAAUUGGGAGAAGCAUGUCGUGUUGAAGCCGUGGGACAUUACACAGAAGAUUCUCGGUGGCGGCAUGUUUGCUUCGAGCAGCAAGGCGACUCUCAACGAAAAGAUUGAGCUCUACUUCAAUGAUCACGAGUUCAGCCCUUUGAUGCUCCAGGAAAACUAUCUCGGCACCAAUCCCAUGCAAUCGCUCAGCUAUUCUGGCAGAGAAAAGAACCUCAAAAAUCUUGAGCUCCUUUCGCAGGCAGCGGACAGCAUCAGCGAUGGCGAUCUGGUUGACCGGAUGAUUCACGGCUCGCAGCAACAGUGGAGCUUGAUGCCAACACAUGCAGUUUUUAGUUUUGUGCGGCCUGCAAGCUUCGUGGCUGGCAGCACUGCUGGUAACCAGACACGCUUCACCUCGUGGCUGGGCAAGAACAGUACUAGCAACAAGCUCAGUCGAAUGAUCAAGGAAAUCCAGGCGCAUAUGCGACUGCGGUCUUCUGGGGACCGGCACGAGGUUCGUCAGCAAUACAUCCCGAUACUCUGGACCGAGCUUGUGCAGAAGCUGCAGAAGGAGGGUAAAGAGGCGGUCCCGGAAAUCAUCGAGUUGAUGGACAGCUACUACCUUACCAAGGACGACUUUGACGCCAUCAUGGAACUGGGUGUCGGCCCCAUGGACCAGGAAAAGGUCAAGAUCGACACACAGGCCAAGUCUACCUUUACACGACUAUACAACCAACAGUCACACCCACUUCCGUUCAUGAAAGCUUCAUCGGUGACGGCGCCGAAGAAACAAGCAAAGGAAAAGCCAGACUUGGAAGAAGCAAUCGACGAGUCGGAUGAGGGUGAAGUGAUUGAAGAAGCCAAGGACGAGGAUGAUGAGGACAUUGAUCUGUCAAAGGACAAGUACGUCAAACAGCCCAAGAAGAAGGCUGCGCCCAAGAAAGCAGCUGCAGCGAAGAAAGGGGGGAAGAAGAAGGCCAAGGACGAGGACAGCGAGGAUGACGAAGAGGAGGAGGUGGUCAAGCCCAAGGGAAAGGGAAAGGCCAAGGCGAAAGCACCGGCAAAGGGAAAAAAGUAG